UCAGAGGUUAAUUAGAAAAAGCAAAAACUGCUUAGGAGGACUGUCAUAGCGGACAUAAAAAAGUGCGAGGACUAUAACUACCAUCAUGCUUUGCUGCACAAAAUGGCGUCGCUGUACAUUGCCUAUAUUGAAAUGAUACUAAUAUCAUUAUUUACGUACAUGUUUGAUAUCAGAUCUAAUAAUAGCGUAACGGUGUCAUGUCGAUCAAUCACGCGUGUGACGGUCAUAUUAUCACUUGUAACUAUUCACUUGCGAACAACGUACCUUUAUUUUUGUUUACAACACUUUUACCGUUUGCUUCAAAACGUUGCUCCUUAGCCGUACGUCGAUUGAUCAUGGAAGCAGUGAUUGACAUUGAUCCAAAGAAUUUUGACAAUCAUGUGGAGAAACAAGAAGAUCCUGUCACGGAAUUGAGGAUAUUGCAACCUCGUCAGACUUCUUCGUUUGAAAGAAGAUUGAAAUGCAAGGAAAAYRUCCACYCAGAGAGAARUAUUCCAUGUGAAGUUGUCAAAURCUCACUCACUGGGACAGGAACAAAUUGUCUUGAUGUMAUUCAAAUUGCCAAAAGCCCGAGAAGCUCUUUAAAACGAGGGGAAACCAUAGAAAACAACAACGAUGUUGACAAUGAUUUUUUGAARUCACCUCACAARCUCAAGAGCCUCUCGGUUGACGAAAUAUCCGAGUGCUUGAAAGCGAUCGGACUCGUGUCGUACGUGGAUAAGUUUCGAACUGAGAAUAUCGAUGGUGAGCAGUUUGUUGAUAUCGACGAGGAUAUUUUAACUGAACUUGAUGUGUUAGACACCAACGAUCGAGAGAAGAUUAUAAGUCUCGCCAAGGAAGGAAUUUUCAGACCAAAGGCAUGAUAUGCUUGGAAUCUGACAGCUUUUAUAAGCGUAUCUUUUCUCUUUGUUUUAUUGUUAUUUAUUUGUAAUAUAUAGCAUCUGAACUACAAUAUGAAUGCAUUUCUGUUCAGAAMUGUAUUUUUGAGAAGAAUGAGCGGCUGAACUACAAGUAUACGCGCACGUGCAGUUCCAAACACCAUUACUUCUUUCUUUGGUCAGUAUUUUCAAUGAAAAAAAACCCAGAAUUUUUAAUAGAGAAACGAUGAUUAAUGCAGAUAAUACUAGAACUAUUUUGUCAGAUUUUUUAAGUGCUGCGUCAUUCCUAUCUUAUCUCGACUGAGAUGGCCAAUAUCAUACUGCAGUCCAUUACCACUAAACCAUGACUGAAGGCUAGGCAACCUUCCUGUUUGGUUGAACGAGCGGGGAAUGGUGUUAUUAUUAACAAAUUAUUUUAAAAUAUACACCUAAUUGAAAAAACGUAGUCGUGUUCGAAAAGGUUACAUCAUAGAAGCUAAGACCGAUAGUGAUUUUGAGUACCACUAAA